UACAGACACAGGUCUCAGGCACCCAUGAUAACGUUUUUCUCUUUUGAGAACUAAAGAAAGCACAUUUUUUUCACUCUUUACAAUGUAAAGGCAGUUCAUACACUGUGGGCGGGGCUAACAUACGCCUAAAGCAAUAGGGGCGGGCAGAUCUCUGCUCUUUGCCGCUGAUCCUGGGGGAAGGGGUGGGAGAAUCACCUGGAUAUUUUUUUCAGGAAGACGAGAGGCAGAGAAUUUUCUAUGAUAAACACAUUUAGCUGCGACCAUGUUCCUCGGGGACCCAGUAACGUUGCUUCUGGCCGUUGUGUUGAGUCUUAUUGUGGCAAAUACACUUUAUAGGAAGGAAAGGGUUAAUGUCCAAAAUUUCCCACCUGGACCGAAGCCCUUACCCAUCAUUGGGAAUAUUCACAAUAUAAAUGCGAAGAGACCGUAUUUAACAUAUUUAGAGCUGUGGAAAAAAUAUGGUUCGGUAUUCAGCGUACAGAUAGGAAGCCAGAGGAUGGUUCUGCUGUGCGGAUAUGAAACAGUGAAAGACGCUCUCGUAAACCAUGCGGAGGAGUUCUCUGACCGGCCAAUAAUACCUCUGUUCCAUGAAAUAACCAAAGGAAAUGGUGUUGUAUUUGCUAAUGGUGAGAACUGGAAAGUGAUGAGAAGAUUCACCAUUUUAGCAUUACGAGACUUUGGGAUGGGGAGGAGAACCAUAGAAUACAGAAUUAAUGAAGAGUGUGAUUUUCUGGUAGAGAAGAUCAAAUCUUACAGAGGAGAGCCAUUUGAGAACACCAUGAUAAUGAAUGCGGCUGUGGCUAACAUCAUUGUAUCUAUACUGCUCGGCCAUCGGUUUGACUAUCAGGACCCAACAAUUCUCAGACUAUUAAGUUUAAUCAAUCAAAGUGUAAAGAUUACAGGGAGUCCUAUGGUCAUGCUGUACAACAUGUUCCCAUCUGUAAUGCGAUGGCUGCCUGGAAGCCAUAAAACUCUUGCCAUAAAUGUAGCCGAGAUACAAAGCUUCAUUAGAGAGACCUUCACAAAAUACAGAGACAAACUGGAGAUCAAUGACCAGAGGAAUCUGAUUGAUGCGUUUCUUGUCAAGCAACAAGAAAAUAAAGAAAACGGACUGUACUUUCAUGACGACAAUCUGACAAUGCUUGUAUCCAAUCUGUUUACAGCGGGAAUGGAAACCACUUCUAGCACUCUCCGCUGGGGCCUCCUCUUAAUGAUGAAAUAUCCAGAAAUUCAAAAGAAUGUGCAGAAUGAAAUAGAAAAAGUGAUUGGACAGAGCCGGCCACAAACUGAGCAUCGUAAAUCCAUGCCCUACACCGACGCCGUUAUCCACGAAAUCCAGAAAUUUGGUAACAUUAUUCCGAUGAAUCUUCCCCAUGCGACUGCUCAGGAUGUGACGUUUAGGGGCUAUUUUCUUCCAAAAGGAACCUUUGUUAUCCCAUUGCUGAUGUCGGUCCUGUAUGACCAAAGUCACUUCGAAAACCCAAAUGAGUUUUACCCUCAGCAUUUUCUUGACUCUGAAGGCAACUUUGUCAAAAAUGAAGCAUUUUUGCCCUUUUCGGCAGGAAAAAGAAGCUGUGCCGGAGAGAAUUUGGCUAGAAUGGAACUCUUCCUUUUCUUCACAAGCCUCCUGCAGAACUUCACGUUCCAGGCACCUCCUGGGGAGGAACUAGAUCUCACCCCUGGCACUGGGUUAAGCGCUCCACCUUCGCCCUAUAAAAUAUGUGCUUUGCCUUGUUCAUAGACUGCUCCUGAUGUUCCUAUAAUAAGCAAGGAAGAAACCCCAGUGAUACAAAAAGUACUGCUUAAUAUUAUUUCUUUUUAACUGCAAACAUUUUGGAAAAGCUCCUUUGAUAUGAAUAAAAGAGUCAGGAGCAUCCGAUGACACCCGAAUACGAGACUUUCCCUGUGAAGUUCCUGGGUGUGUUUAAACUUCUAUUUUGGAUUGAUCUAACAGUUCCUGACUUUCUGCUUUGUUCCUGACUACAUUGUUUGUUGCCUGCCUCGAUUUUUUGCCUGAACUCGACUGAAGAGACUCUCUUAACUAGUGAUGAGUGAAUCUGUCCCAUUUUGCUUCACCAUAAAAUUCACAAAACGGCAAGAAAAUUCACGAAAC